UGGACGCGGGUUUUUUCCGCGGCACCAGUGCGGAGCAGGAUAACCGCUUCAGCAACAAACACAAGAAACUCUUGAAGCAGCUGAAGUUUGCAGAAUGUCUGGAGAAAAAGGUGGAUAUGACCAAGGUCAACCUGGAAGUCAUCAAGCCCUGGAUCACCCAGCGUGUGACAGAGAUACUUGGCUUCGAGGAUGAUGUGGUCAUUGAAUUUGUCUUUAACCAGCUGGAGGAAAAGGCCUGAACCAAUAUGGAUCUUAUUCCUUGCAUCUGAAGUAUAGCACCAACUCCUAAUUAGAUCUCAACUGAGCCCAAAGUCUCUCUGAAUCCAACUCUCCCUUGAUGAUGAGCUUUAUUUUUUGAGAAUCCAGAUGGAAAGAUGAUGCAGAUUAAUUUGACAGGUUUUCUGAAUGGAAAGAAUGCUCGGGAGUUCAUGAAAGACCUCUGGCCACUGUUGUUAAGCGCCCAGGAGAACAUUGCCGGUAUCCCAUCAGCCUUCCUGGAGCAGAAGAAAGAGGAGAUCAAACAGAGACAGAUUGAACAGGAGAAACUCGCCUCUCUAAAAAAAGUAGAUGAAGAUAAAAGGGAGAAGGAGAACAAAGAAAGAGCUCAGUCAAAAAGCCCUAAACGGAGAAAGUCUCGCUCCCCUGUGAAGCGUGAUCGUAAAUCCAGUCCUUCUCGUUCUCGCUCUCCUCGACGAAAAAUAAGCCCAGCCGCUUCACCACCUUCCAGUCCACCCAAUCAUAAAGAAGAACCGAAGCGAGAACCAGACCAGUCAGAGAGCUCUAAACCAGAGCCACUCAUUCAGGAAGCUUCAUCUACCAGUGAUCUUGUGACUGAGAUGAAGCCGGACUCAGUGUCAGAGCCUGUGAAAGAGUCCUCUCCAGACAAAACGUCAAAAUCAGAGGACCGGCCUAAACCCAGGGACAGGGAGAAGGAUGGGCGCAAAGAUCGUCCACGCCACCGCUCUCGUUCUCGAUCACCUCGCUCACGCAGACGACCUCGAUCCCGCUCUAGGUCAUUCUCUCCUCGCCGGAGAACAAGUCCCAGGAGGCGAAUCUCUCCGAGACGGAGGAGUCCUCCUAGACGCCAGCCUCCCUCUAGACAUAGACGUAGCCGCUCACCUGUUCGCAGGCGGCGGUCUCGCUCCCGCUCCUCCUCAGGCAGCUCCUCCUCUCGGUCGCCCCACAAGAGAGCAGGAAAACGAGGGUCAGCGACCCCACCCAGAAAACUUGCACGUCGCACGGACCUCUCCAGCCCCCCAAGAAGACGAGGCCGCAGUCCUUCAGGACCAGACACCAGCCCUUCAGCUGGGAAGCACAGGCCUGGUGGAAGAAAUGACUCUCGCUCUCCCUCUCCAAAACCCAGGCGAUCUGAUGCAUCAGAUUCAGAGGAGGAUAAGUUGGGCAAAGGGUCAACAGCAGAUUCUGUCCAGCAGCGACGUCAGUAUCGCAGACAGAAUCAGCAAUCCUCUUCAGACACAGGUUCAUCCUCUUCAUCUGAAGAUGAAGGUCCAAGGAGGCAGAAUAGAGGUGCAGGUGCCAGGAAUGGAGAAAUCAGGAGGAGACGGAGUCAUUCACCUGCCUCACCACGGAGGCGGCACAGAGAUGCAUCCCCAAGAAAAAGACGUUCUCCGUCACCUCCUGGACGUAGACAUCGUUCACAAUCUCCUGUUCGCCGCCGCAGGUCACCCUCUCCUCCCCCAAGACGCAGGUCUCCAUCUCCACCUCCCCGGCGAUUUACUCCCCCAAUUCAGCGUCGAUACAGUCCCCCCUCCCCUUCUCCAGCCCAAAAGAGACGGUCAUCAGGGUCUCCCCCCAAACGAAGAAGGUCUCCUUCACCCAUGCCCAAGCGUAGAAUACCUCCUUCACCUCCCCCCAAACGCAGAAUGUCUCCAUCACCUCCCCCCAAACGCAGAAAGUCUCCAUCACCGAUGUCAAAACGCAGAACAUCUCCAUCGGUGUCAAAACGUAGAACAUCGCCUUCCCCUGUGGCUAAACACAGAAGGUCUCCAUCACCCAUGUCUAAACGUAGAACAUGUGCUUCACCUGUGUCUAAACGCAGAAAUUCUCCCUCACCUGCCCCGCAACGUAGAAGUUCUCCUUCUCCCAUGCCCAAGCAUAGAGGGUCACCUUCCCCUGUGACUAAACGUCACACCUCUCGAUCCCCCAAAAGGAGUCGUGGCACCAGUCCAGGAAAAAGACGUACUCCACCCUCUUCUGCUUCACCUCCUCCUCGUCACCGCCGAAACUCUCCAAAUCCCCCUGCAGCCCAACGGGGCAGAGACACCCGGUCCUCUCCCCCUGCCCACACUACCCGAGUGUCUUCCAGUCCUCCAGGUAGAUAUGGAGCCUCUGGUUCCUCCCCGCAGAGACAAAGACGGCAGACAUCCCCAUCACACAGCACCAGACCCAUUCGCAGGGUUUCCCGCACUCCAGAACCGCGCAAAUCGCAGAGAGGUUCUCAGAGUCCUCCGCCAGAAAGGAGGCAGGUUUCACGUUCACCAUCUGCUUCUCCUCCUCCGGCUCAGAAGCGGCCUGCUUCAGUCUCACCCUCUCGCUCCACUAGCCGUUCUCCACCUCCACCAGCCAAAAAGAACAGCAGUGUCUCCCCGAGCCCUUCACCUAACAAGAACUCUGAUGCAGAAGGUGGUAAGAAGAAGAAAAAGAAGAAAGAAAAGAAACACAAGAAAGAUAAGAAACACAAGAAGCAUAAGAAACAGAAAAAGGAGAAGGGUGGAGAAGAAAAGAGUGGUGGGGCAACAGGAGGACAUGGACCGGAAGCAGAGCCAGACUCUGACCAGAAAAAGGAAUCAGAGAGUGAAGUAGAAGACAGUUUGGAUGAUCUGGAGAAGCACCUACGUGAGAAAGCUCUCCGCUCAAUGAGGAAGGCCCAGAUGUCUCCAUCGUCUCAGUCCUGAGGGCAUCUCUCCUGCACCCCACAUUUCCCUUUUUCUCUUCCACUCUCUGCAUUUUAAAUGUUUGAUGUUGGUUCAGCUUUAGAAUGUACAAAUUGUUAAAAUUCACCCUAGACUUUUUUUUUCAUUUGUUUUGGAAUUGUUUUUUUAUUUUUAUUUUGGCAUGUUUAUUGCUGAAGUGUUUUAUGAUAUAGAAAUGAGUGAGCAGCUGAAGUUUCUCCAUCAGAUUUUGACCCUUACCACUUAAAUACUGUCAAGAAGAAAUGUUCCAAACAAAACUUUUUUUAGUCCCCACACCCCUCACCUCCUGUGUUGCUUUUACAGUCAUGAUGAAAAAAAAAUGAAAAGCUUAUUUGCCGUUCUGAGUUAAUAAUGUACGAGUUAGCCUAUAGAUUCUCUCUUAACCUUCGCGGGACUUUUUACGAGAGUUUUGUUUGCAUGGACGGCAGACCCCAGCGUGUUUGUCCUCUUGUGUGCAUGAUCCAUAAAGUAAAACUGCUCUCUCUGUUCAUCUGAGCAUUGUGGCAGUGCUUGAGAGCUCCACUGUACACAUGAGAACAAAUCCGAAGUCUGUUUUCAUCUCUCUCUUUUUUUUUUGUUGCUUAUUUUUUGUAACCUAAGUUGUGUUUGACAUUGUUGGACCCUGCAGAAAUGUCUGACUUUGAAGAAAGUCACAUUAAAUUGAAAGAAAAAUGUCUCAAA